AUGGUGGAAAAGACAUUCGAAUUGGACGGGAAGAUCAUUGGAUACGAGGAGGCCAUUGAUUGGGAAGACGACUUUCUUCAGAAAAAGACAAAGCACGACAAGAACCUUGCUUUUCUUCGUGACCUGUACCCCAAAGCUGCGUCGCUGGAGCAGCUUGUUGCCUUCUACCUCAAACUGGACUCGCGACGCAUCGAGUGCAACGUGUCUGAUUCUCUUCAGGGCGGAUUUAAUACGGUACUUGCCGUCCAGGUCCACGAUACGCCAGAAAACAAAUAUACCAAGCAGCGCGAUGUACGAGAACACGACUGGCCACAAGAGGGCCAUAAUGUGAUUUUACGGUUUCCCACACCGGCGAGCUGUGGCGAGGACGUACACCCGGGUUCUAUCCUGGAAAAGAUGCGUUGUGAGGUGGCCAUAGCUUGGCUUCGUAUUCGCCAAACUAUUGCCGGCGUCUGCGGUCGCCCCGUACCGUCGGACUACCUUCCGGUCACUCUCCCUUCAUCUGUCAAGCUCCCACCCAACACCGGUUAUUUGCUUCUCGAGUUCUUUGGUCCGUCUAUGGGCACGCUGCUGAAUGUGGCAGCAGAUUCUCGGAUUCGGCCACCGAGCGAGAUUGAUCCGGCAAAGAAGCAAAACCUCUACCGCUCCUUUUCACGAAUCAUGUUGUCUCUGGCCCGCGUUCCGCAGCCGCGUAUUGGUGCCUUCCGCUUCAACGACGACGGCACCAUUACACUGGACAACCGGCCGCUCGUUAGCACUAUCACGAUCCAUGAGAGUGAGGGUGCCCCGCGGACGAUACCCCCGAAUCAGACAUUCAGCCGCGUAGACGAUUACAUUGACAGUAUGAUCAGCUUCCACGAGCAUCGGUUUCUGGCCGCGCCCCAUGCCGUGGUGAGCAGGUUUGAUGGUCAGCUCCAGAUGGCCGCGUGGGUUUUUAUUCGCUCCCUGCUGCCACACUUUGUCAACAAACGACGAAAUACAGGGCCCUUUGUGUUGCAGUUGAGUGACAAGAACCCUUGCAACUUUAUCGUGGACGACGACUGGAACGUGACGGCCAUGUAUGAUCUCGAGUUCAUUAUCGCGGCCCCCGUCGAAAGCAUGGACGCCCCGAGUUGGCUCGGCUGGACCUCUCUUGACGAAAACGCAUCGACGGGGUAUUCUGCAUAUGAUGCGGAGCGCAGCGAGUUCAUGGACCAAUUUCAAGAGGAAGAGUUGCGCAUGAUCGGAACAGCCACUCCCCUUGGCGCACGACUAAGCGACGUCAUGAAUGAAAGUUGGCGGUCGGAGCGGCUCUGGCUGUUUGCGACCGUCCUCGGCCUCAAUGGGGUCACGCAGCUCGCAGAACAUCGUUUUGAGCCCCUCUUUGGCUCCAACGGGUUCCCACGAGCUUCUUCUUUGUACCGCAUCUGGCGAAUGGACGCCGAGGAUGUGCUGGCAAAGAAAGAAGCCGACAACGACAGGUACUUAGCCCAGGUGGCCGCGCUAUUUGGACGAGGCAAUGCAGCGGGAAACAGCAAAGCAGCCGAUGUAGUUCUCGCCGAAGAGGCACGAUAG